AUGAACAACCCCAUCCGCCGCCUGCUUAAGUCGCCCCGAUCGUUCGAAGCCGUUGCUCGAACAAGUAGUCACUUUCGUGUCGGGGUGUCCUCAAUGGAGUUCACGCUUGCGUUCGGUGCUGUGGGCGACUUCAUCGCAGUCUUGGAACUUAUCAAGAACAUUAUCGCCGCGCUAGACGAUUCUCGUGGUUCGACAAAAGCAUAUCGAGACGUUGUUCAGAGCCUUGGGAUCCUUGAAAGCACGCUUCGGCAGAUCGAGAAAGUUUACCAUGAUCAAGAUCUACAAAGUGCUCUCGGCGAGCUACGAGCGAUAGCGUUGCGCAAUGUUGAGCAGAUCAAGCGAUGUCUUGCAGACUUUAACAGCAAAAUCGAGAAGUUCAGGCCUAGCCUGGCAGAGACGAAGAACACCUUCCGAGAUGCCGCCCGGAAAGUCCAAUGGAAGCUCGAGGAGAAGGAUGUUGAGAAGUUUCGUUGGGAACUAUUGGGGCACACAAUGGCGAUGAAUACGUUGUUGGAGCUCACGACAUUGUAUGCUUGGGUGCAAUUUCUUUACACGUACUCUUUCAGCGACAAUACUGACUUAUCUUAG